AUGGUAUUUGCCAGAAAAGUGGACAAAGAAUUACAAGGAAUAGUAAGAGCCGAUGAGCAUCUGUAUUCGGUAGGGGCUGAUAGAUGGCCAUGGUCUUUGCCAGAAGUGGACAAAGAAUUCGAUGAGCAUCCGUAUUCGGUAGAGGAUCACAAGCUACUUUACAAGCGCGUAGGCGAACUGGCAGCGGUGUUAUCAUUAAAGAGAUCGAUGGACAAGCAAAGCGCGCUGGUGCGGUCCUUGGAGGCAAUGGAGUUUAACAAGACAAGCAUAAAGGACUUGUUCUCAGUGGAAAAGGAGCUGGGUAGGGGAGGCCAAGCAGUAGUCUACCAAAUCAAAAGAAAGAUUGAUGGUCACUUGUUUGCUUGCAAGUCGACUAGAAUCACAGACUAUGAUCUGAAGGAGCCCAUCGACAUUGAUCUCCCACAUGGAGAUCCGGAGGAAGCAGAACUGGAGAUCAGAGCACUCACAAGACUGUCCAAGAGCAAGGAAAAGAGUGGUGUGGUUCAACUGGUGGACGUUUUCAAGGACAAAGAUUAUUAUCACUUUGUCAUGGAGUUGUGCAGGGGCUCACUGAAAGACGUGUUGAGUGACAAGAAGAGGCUGAGUGAGCAUGAGGCAGCCAUAGUGAUCAAAAAGGUGGCUAGGACUGUGGGCAAGAUACACGACAUGGGCAUAGCUCACAGGGACAUCAAGACUGCCAACAUCCUCCUAGGGUUUGAGGAGAAGUUGUUUGACGCUAUAAAGUUAACUGACUUUGGACUGUCUUGGGUGAGCGAGGGGCCACAAUCAUUUAAAAUGAGAGGCCAGGUCGGGACGGAGGUGUACAAUGCCCCAGAGAUGGUGGCUAAUAAGGAGUAUGACGAGAUGGUGGAUGCCUGGGGUGUGGGCAUUGUCUUGUAUGAGAUCUUGUCCGGGGAGUUUAUACUCCAGGGCGACUGGACAAACAUCAGCGUCGAAGCCAAAGAUCUCAUUCUCCAGUUGCUCCACUUAGACCCAAGAAAGAGGCUGCCAGUCCACGAAGUUGAGAAGCAUCCAUGGGUCGUCAAGCAUUCCGCGCUACAGCCAGAACUGUCCAGUUUGGUGCUGGGUAGCAAAGCCAACUUGGAGACGAAGGAGAUGUUUUUGGAGCGGAGCUUGAAGCGAAGGCGAGGUGAUCAGGAAGAAGCAGAGGAAAGUCCUGUGGCAAAAAAGUCUAUGUCGCUAGGGAUCUUCGUGCUUUGUCUAAUGCAACUCAGGUGGCUUUUGAGCUGGCGCCAUGGCCGCGGGCAUGCGAUGCUAGCUCUGUGUUUUGCUUGCGUUGCUCACGGUGCUUGCGCAGUGCUAACUAAGCUCAGGCAGUAUCUCACAGUUCUAGCCAUAAGGAGCUUGAGGGUGAAGAUUGAUUGGUGGUCUUGCAUCAGUUAG